GUAUCUCAUUUGAGCACACAACCAAAACAAAACUGUCAUUUAGUGGAAGUGAUGAGCAAGUUGAUGGAUGAUUAUGGGGCUAAAACUCACCAAAUAGAAAGCCAACGGAAAAACUGUCCAAACAAAGACAUGACUUGGAGGGUAGAAAGACCUCCCUCAAAGAUAAGUCCAUCUCACACUGUGUCAGAGCAAAACCUUCAAACCCUCACAGACUGAGAUUAUUUGCUUGUUGGGUCGUCAAAUCUUGUCCCUUUCUUAGGGUUUCUGAUCUUCCCAUGUCCUGUUUUUUCUUGGAAUAUGGGCUUUCUGUAGAGAAGAACCCCAUACUGUAUAAGACCUAUCCAACCUCUGUGCUUGAAGGAAACCCUCAUUUCUUCUUCAUCAGAUCCUGUUGGGUGCGUUGGUUAUUUUAGGGUUUUGUUCUGUUUUUCCCCCUGAGCUAAUGUUCUGUUACUUUGACAAGACCUCUUGUUUGUAAGAACCUUUUAACGCCCGAUACACGUCGUCUCUGUGUUCAACUUUUUCAGGAUUGGAGAAAAUUGUCUCAGAUUCUUCCUUUUAUGUUUUCUUAGAUUUUCCCCUGGCCCUGUAUCGAUAAAGGUUCUGUGCAGGAACUCACAUAAAUAGUCGGUAGUCGGUACAUUUCUCUGCAUCGUCAUCCGAAAUUAAAUUCUUUGUUAGAAGGAGAAAAGCUUCUUCUCGGUUUCACUAAUUAGUCUAAUUUCUGCAUAACGCCUUAGUUCACCGAAAACCCAGAUCACAAUUUUCUCUGGAAACCGAAAUUCUCUUCCUUUAAGAGAGAUCUACUGCUUCUUUCUAGGGUUUAUCGCAGGACAUUCGCUUGUUCUGGAUUUCGUUCUUAAUUCUGUUUCCAGAACCCAUGUUCUAUGUACAAAAAAUUCUUGUGAACCCCAAAAUGUUGCUUUUCAUGAAAACCCAUUUUGCCUCUCCUACCUCAGCCUGAAGCAGUUACAUACACGGUUCCGUCCCCUUGCAUUCGUCUGCGAGGCGUUCUUUCAAAACGUAGUCUUUCGGUCUUUGUUCUUCGGUUCUCAGAUCAUGGGGUGCGUACACGGGAAGUGCUGUAGUCGGUAUCCAGCCACCUCUGAUGAAGAUAGCGCAGACAUGCGAGAAGUUGGGCCGUAUUGUAGCAACAACUUCCAUGUUCAUGGAAAUCAAGGUCACAUACUCACUGGGAGGUUGUUGGAUUUCGCCUCUGUGCCUUCCCACAAGUUCCAAUUAGAGUAUUCGGCCCUCACUCAGCGGGGCUACUACCCCGACUCGCCUGAUAAAGAAAAUCAGGAUAGUUUCUGCAUCAAGACCCAGGUCCAAGGUAACCCAAACCUCCAUUUCUUUGGGGUCUUUGAUGGGCACGGCCAGUUUGGCGCCCGGUGUUCGAAUUUUGUUCGGGAUAGGCUGAUAGAAAUCCUCUCAGUCGAUCCCUCAUUGACAGAGGAUCCUGUAAAAGCAUAUAAUUCUGCUUUUCUGGCCACAAAUUCUGAACUUAAUGAUAGCGAGAUAGACGAUUCAAUGAGCGGUACGACUGCAAUUACCGUCCUGGUCAGUGGGGACAAACUUUUCGUGGCAAAUGUGGGUGACUCAAGAGCAAUAAUUGCUGUCAAGAGUGGGAAUCGUGUUCUUGCAGAAGACCUAUCACACGAUCAGACACCAUUCAGGAGGGAUGAAUAUGAGAGGGUGAAGCUUUGUGGGGCAAGGGUUUUGAGUGUUGAUCAGGUGGAAGGGCUCAAGGAUCCAGAUAUUCAGACCUGGGGUGAUGAAGAAAGUGAGGGUAGUGAUCCCCCAAGGCUGUGGGUGCAGAAUGCGAUGUAUCCUGGGACUGCAUUUACAAGGAGUGUGGGUGAUAGUAUAGCUGAGAAGAUUGGAGUGAUUGCUGUUCCUGAAGUAACCACGGUUCAGCUCACACCUAAUCACUUAUUCUUUGUUAUUGCAAGUGAUGGUGUAUUCGAAUUCCUCUCCAGCCAAGCCGUCGUCAAUAUGGUGGUGAGAUACAAAGAUCCUCGGGAUGCAUGUGCUGCCAUCGCUGGAGAAUCAUAUAGGUUAUGGUUAGAGAAUGAAAAUCGGACAGACGAUAUCACAAUCAUCAUUGUAAAUAUCAAGGAUCUGUCUAAUACAGGUGGCAAUGUUCCUGGUGGAAUUAGUAGGGUUACUAUCAAACCAGCUCCAUUGAUGAUGGGAAAAGGAUCUGCUGACAUAUCUGUUUCCACGGGGUCAGAAGUAUAUCAUUCAGUAAAAAGCAAUUUCUCAGAAUUGCAGCCUCGUCAGUUUAAUAUCCCCACAGAACGAAGUCCUGCAUGCAUUGUUCCGUCUCCAAUGCAAUCCAGUUGCUUAGAAACGUGAUCAAGCUAGAGGGAUUUUAGAAGCUUGCCUCUCACCACCCUGUUUAAUGUGCGCUGAAAGGAUCUUGCAGAACAGGAUAUUGAUAUGGAAUAUUGAUGGAAAACAUGACUUGAUGCCGUUGUGGUUUACCAUCCAAGUCCUAUCCAUUUGCUUGAGGCUAGCGAGCUCCUGUUACCUUGUAGACCAGAUGGAUGUCAUGGCUGCUUAGUUGGCCUUCCUGUUAUUCAAAGAGUAAGAAAGCGUCCGAUUGUUUAAUCCAACUCUAUGUACUGGUUAAUGCAAUGGAAAGGAAUGGGGGAAAUUGGAUAAGUACAGACUGGAAGAUGUCACGAAGCUUGUACGGAGAAGAAGUUAAGAGUCAUGGUCUCAUGGAUAGUAAGGUGAGAGUUAUGGCAUGCUUCCCCUUCACAGGAAGCUUAGGAACUAGGAAGAAUAAAUUCCACAAGCCAAUUAUCUGUAAAGCUCAAGUCUUUUUCUUCUCUCACUUGUUCAAACUUCUGUUGGGAACUCCUACUUCCACUGCCGCCAUUUGCAGUGAGAAAUGUGCUGAAAUGUAAUUGUUACUCUAAAUUGAUGGUUUUCUCUUGCAA